AGCGCGAGCACGAAAGUUUGCGUUGGCGGCGAACAAUGCUCUAAAAAUGUGGCUCGUGGAGAUCAUACAAAUAGAAGGAAAACGCAGGGAUGCCACAGAAUGUCGGAUACCUGAGCGGUGACUAGGAACCUACCUCAAUUGUAGGCCUAUUUUAUUUUAUUUUAUUUUUUUAUACACCGACAGCGUUGAAGCUGCCUUCUGGAUUCCAUGGAGACCCCGUCCCCAACUGUCAGGCGCCACGCCUGGGUCCACAGCAGCUGGCUGACUCUGGAGGAGACGGAGCAUCUGGCCCCAUACCCGGCCGCCACGGACCUGGCACCGCACCUGUCCCCACAGGAGGAUGAGGUCUUCCUGGGAGGAGGAUGUGCGACAGGAAAGAUUGAGACCUGGCUUCAAGGCUGUGGGCUGGACACAGCAGGACAAGAUGACACAAAAGCUGACCAUGGUCAAUUAACCUUGGAGUCACUGUUGAAAACCUACAGCAGUUUUGAAGAUGACCUGAGCCUAGGAGCUGAGGCUACCGCGUUGCAUCAUGUGGCCAGGCUGUCAGUGGGGUGCAGUCCUGUGCUGCUGCCCCCUCCAAAAUCCCGUCAGAAGCCUCUCACCACACGGACGCCUCAGCAGAGGCUGGCCCUGCCCCUCUACAAUAUGGGCCACAGCAUGGCUUCCAGCUGCCUGUCCUCCACCACCAACAAGACGGCCUCCAGUAUCUCUGAGGUGCUUCAGAUGUGCACGGAGGAUGCGGAGGAGACCCUGUACCAGCUGGGUUUUGGCUGUGAUGAGCCCCAGGUGACGGCUCGUAUCCCAUCGCGCUUCUUCAACUUCCCCUCCCGGCUCCGUGGCAUCAACUUCCGCCUCUUCCUCGAGUCCCAGCUCCGCCGCGUCAGUCAGGAGGACCCCAACCUGUCGCUUGCCAGUCGCUUCAGGCAGGUGGAGGUGCUGACGAUGAUGGCCAACGCCUUCUACUCGCUCUACUCGCACGUGUCCAAGACGCCGGUCCAGAAGCUGGCCCCGCCCGAGUUCAGCUUCUCCCCGGCGGCCGAGAAGAGGAUCGGCGUGCGCUUCUUCGGCGGCGUGCGCAGCGAGCCCCGCUCCCCGGUGGAGCGGCUCAAGGACACCGUCUCCAAGAUGUGCCUGUACGCCAGCGCUCGCACCUCCGACUCCACCUCCUCGCCCCACACCUCCUCGCCCAGGAAGCGCUGGAGCUUCCCCGAAAUAACCACAGCCCAGCAGCUGCAGCAGCCGCCGCAGGAGCAGCACCUUGACCCAAAGGAGGACAGGGGAGAUCCAGGACUUCAGGAUGACAACAACAGGGGGAGGCUUGUGGAUGACAAUAUGCGAUGUGGCACCAAUGUACCGGUAGACGCACAGACAGAAAUAGUAACAGAGGAGAAGGCUGAGGGACCGUCACACACGGCUCUGUGCUCCCACCUUGACAGCACAGAGCACUCAAGGACACGGUCCUCAGACCCAAAGGAGGCGUUCCACCAGCGCUCUGCGGUAAGGGACUGCAGGACCAGGUUAAAAUUUUCAGAUCCUUGCCCGCCCAAAAGUGCCACAGAUGACAGAGACAUCCGUGAGAAAUGCAAAAAGUCCGUCGCUUUCAGGCUUCAAUCGCAAGCCACGCAGGCCCCCGUGGCACGCGUCCCCAAGGUAACUCAUGAUGUCAUCUGUCCCCCGGUUGUGGAGCAGGUACACCAAGCACCUUACGUUAGUCUGCAGGACUUCAGGACCUCCUCAGGGCCCUGUUGCGUUGUUGACAUCCCCACAUCCCCAACAACAUUAGAACUGAAGGACCAGCCCAAUGUCGACCCAUAUUCCCGCCUUGGGCAUGCUGUGAAUGUCCCUGAAAUUUGCACUGAACAUAACUCUGGAAAAACGGAGCUGCCCUCGUUGUCAUCAUCAUCAUCUUCGUCACUGGAUGCAAACAGAUUUGUCCCCCCGUGUAGGAUACUGGUGACAGGCUGGGAUGACGAGGCCAGUCCUGGGGAUGCAGCAGCAGCAUCAGCAUCAGCAUCAGCGCCGGGCACAAAAGAAGAUGGCGCAACACCCACACCCCCUUCUCGACCUCAGAGACUAUUGGCUGGCAUCUUGAGGAAGCGCAGGUACCUGUGCCCCAGCAAAGAUAGUGCUGCUGCUGCUGACCAGCCCCGCCUCAGCCACAACCUGAUGCAGGCCAAUUCCUUUGAGCUGGAAGAGGUUCACAGUGCUGGGGAGGAUGACGGUGGACAAGCGGAGCUCAGGGCACACCACACCACCGCACGCCUAUCUGCUGUCGGUCAGAACAAAAGUUUGCCUCCCCGAGGAGACAGCUUCCAGUCAGACAGCAGUGGCUACGCUGAAGAGGAACUGAUGUGACCGUCGUUCUUCUCGGCCCUAUGCGCUUCCACAGCUCUGUAUGCUCUGUGGGCCUUUGCACAGAAAAGGGUACCUUGCAUUCAGACAGUAAAAGCUAGGGACUCCAGGUUUCUCUGAAGCCCCUUUGAUCAUCCGACCUGUCAAUAGUCCCGACAAUUUCCCUUACAUCUCGUAUGAGGUAUCUUAUUUGAUGGUCCACUGAUACAGUUAAAUAGUUGCUAGGACAUUGUCUGGUAUCCAAUGACUGAAAUUUUCUAAAACAUAUGGGAAUGUUAUUGCUAUCAAUUAUGUGCGGUUUACUUAUUAUUAUAACAUUUAUUUUCUGCAAUGGCUCGUGUUUAAAUGUAGACAAGGCUUCUGUUUCAGUGUCGUAAUUUUGUAAUCUGGGAUAGUAAUUUGACUUGUUAAGGGGAAAUGGUCGGAUUAUUGAGGGGUCGGAGUAACGGGACUUCGGAGAAAUGACAUGCACUGGACUCAGGUGAUUAAUGGUGCACAGUAUGUGGGCCAACUGUAAUGCACAUUUGGAAUGAUCUUACGGGCCAAAUAGAAGGACUUCAAAUUCGAGUUUGACAUUCCUACUGUACAAGAUCAGCUCAGGGUAGUAAAAAAAGUUGGCUGAAGUUUGUGGCAGGGUUGAAGCCAGGAUAUCAAUAGGCCUAUCCGAUUCUUUCUUAUGUGCGUGUGACAAUGUAAUAAUGUAAUGUUCUGUGACAAAGUGAUUUGUGGAGGUACAGACAGGAGAAGUCUGAGAGUGUACUUCAGACCCUGACCUUUGAAGAGCACGAGAGGAUGUAAAUGCAACCAAAUCCCCUUUGUAAAAUACACAAAUGAGUGGCCUCAGUCGGAAAAGGCUAGCAGUGCAUUAUGCAAUGCAACAUCGCUUACACUGGCACUUGUUCACUACAGAGUGCACUGUAUUGUUAAACGAGUACACAUUCAAGACAUGGGGUGUUAAUUCCAAGAAUAUGGUAACGUGAUAAACCUGGCUAUGUUAAAACUACAGGAUGUGGUAAACCUAGUAGUGACACCCUGCAGGUGCAAUUGAGUUAAGGAAAUGACACUCAAGGGGCUUUUCUAUUAGAUGAUUUACCACCACCUCAAGGUCAAAGUCGAAUCAAAUUGUCUUGUAUAUCGUAUAUCGUAUCGUGGGGCAUUCUUCAGUAUUGAAAAUAAUCUAAUCGCAUCGCAUUGAAUAUUAAGAUAUCGAUAUUGAAUAGUAUGGUCAUGGAGGCUGUGAUUUACACCCCUAAUCCACUGUAUGUAGACACCACCCUGUUCCUCUUCUCUGGAGGACAAGCAGAAGAGAAUCAGGCUUGUGAAAUUGGGCACUCCAGGUGAGUAUCCUAAGAACCAGGCUCAGUAGUAAACCAGGUUAAGUUAACAUUAAGGUAGUGGAAAAUCAUCUGAUGUAAGAGUCAUUAGUCCUCCUUUUCUUCACUACAUGGCACACGUAAAGUAUUCGAUUCGCUAUUUCCUGUAGGUUAACUCAGCCAAGUUUAUCACUUAACCAUGUUCUUGGAACACUCCAACGGUUAUAGGAGGCCAGUAUAAUGAGCACGUUAGUCCUUAAUGUGCUCAAAGAUUUGGUUUCUCAAAUUCAUUGUUAUGUAGCCAACCAUUUUAUUCCUUCCUCUCCGCAACCCCACCCUGAUACUACCGACUGUCAUUCAAAUAAUCAGAUUGGAAACACUGUAAUCAAAUUCAAAAUACUGUUAUGGGCGGUUAUUGAGAUGGAAACCCACAGUUCACAACAUGGACAGACUUUGUGGGAUUCCAGAUGCAAAUAGUGUGGCUGUGUGCAUUGGUCGUUAGUGAAAUCAGUAUUUAACCUAUUUCCUCACAUCUCUACUUAAGUGUCACUUCAUGGCCACUCGCCAUGAUGACAAUGUCUUUGUCAAGCACUUUCAGUUGUUCCUUCUCAGCCUCCAUUGUCGGAGCCAAUGCUGUCUACUGUAUGCACGUUUUAUUGAGCACAAGAACUGGAAACAAGCACAUAAAACAUCCACUUGACCAAAUGUCUAGAAGACCUGGGGAAUGUAUCUUUCAUAAUAGGCGGUUUUUAUUUUUUUACAUGGGUCUCAGAUUGUUCUAAGGCUGCUGCUUAUUGUCCAAUAUGACGGACGCGAGUUUAAAUCUAAGCAGUGAACAGUUCAGGAGCUUUUAAUUUGCCAUCUACUGGUUAUUUAAGUGUACAGGGUUCAUGCAUAGACCUACAUUACCACUGGAUGAUUCAGAAAUAGUUCAUUUUUUGUGCACGUUUUAAUGCGCUGUGUGUUAAAUAACGCCAGUCAACUGCUGUGUUGUUCUUGUGACGUUGCAGUUUGAUCGAUAUCAACCCACAUUGGAGGCUGUGGCAGUACAGAGGUUCUUGAGGGCUGAGCAAGCUGAAUGUAUUUCCUCUGUUGUGACAGCUGACUCAAUCUUCUCUUCCCCACAAAACACUGCUACUGACUUGCAAUAGCUCUACAGCAGGGGUACUCCACUACAAAGUAGAAAGUGAAAAGGUCCACUUGCCAAAUUUUCAACGUUUUCAGGGUCUGAAAAAGUCGCUACGGAUCGAUUCAGAAAAUAGCCUAACUCACUGGCCUCUUGUUCGCUCACUGAGUAUUCAGUGAUGAUACUUUUAUUUGUCAGAAGAUUGGCUUAGUGGAAAUACACCUAGAGAUCGAAUGGCAGCGAAAGUAAUAUAAUAAUUUGAAUACAUGUAUUAUAUACCGAGGGAUUUUGUCUCGGUCCAGAUGACAUUGUGUUUGGGUCCGCAUCUGGACCCGAGUCCGCCAGUUGAGUAGGUCUGCUCUAGUCUACAGUAACCCUCAACAACCUCUCACAUUUAUAUCACUGGAAAACCUACUGUAAUUGCUACAUAAUUUAUACACAUUAAAACAAGAGCAGUGUAUUUAAAACAUUUUUAUUGAACCUAUUUUGUUUUUUGGAAGAAGAAAAAAUGUCACAAUGCAGACAGAUGUUUGACUGCGUAUUGUAUUACUGUAAAUAAAAUCCAACAAAACAUC